UAUGACAUUGAAAACGUUUACCGAAUUUAGUAAAAAGCUUGAUGGUUUAACGUUAAUAAAAUGAAUAGUACAAUUAAACGUACUAUUAUUGCCUAUAAAUAUAUUUAAAUCUAUUUUUGUGUAAUAAAAAACGUGUGUGGGCGAAACGAACACACGCCCGAAGAAGACAGGUGCUUUUAGUUGUUUUGUGUAUUAUGCACGAAGACGACGUAAUGGAAGAUUCCAUUGGCCGGUUAGUUAUAACGGUUGACGUGCAAUUUUCGACGUUCAGUUAAAUACAAGCUUGGAAAGAGGUGGUUUAUAAAAUUAUCGACGGCGACGCUAGCUACACGUAUGUUUAUGAACUAACUAAAAAUAAUCAAUUCAGUUCGCGUUGAUUAAAAUCGGUGAUUGAGUAUUUAGACGACAUUCACAGACAGUAUCUUCUGUUACAAGAAAGAAAAAGAAACAUUCUCCUCGUAACUGACAAUGCUACGAAGCCCUCUCAACUUCUGAAAUUAAAAAUUACAAGAAACCCGCAUUUUUCUUAAAAUCGUACCACUCGGUCUGUUAUUGAUGACCGGUCACGGGAAUUUAAUUUGUUUUAGUCACUACCAAAACCAUCAAAUCGGAAAAGAUCCUUACCUCCGGACGCGAAAUAUAAAUCAAAUAAAAAUAUUAUAUACGAUACCGAUUAAUUGAUUUAUAAAUAAUUGUAAUAGAAAACAUGGAGAGUGGUAAAAAGGAAGCGCCUUUAGCUACUUUAUCGACGGUGGCUCCAUCUCUAGAAUCCAGCCCGAUAAAACGCGAAGAAAUCGUUCUCACGGAACCGUUCGAAAAACCGGAAGUUACGUUCAUAACUAACAGUCUAUCAUCGACAUCCUCCUCGUCGGAAUCCGAUUCCGAGGAAGACGAAGUUAAACCGAAGAUACCCGAUGGCGGUUGGGGUUGGAUUGUAGUAUUUUCUUCUUUAUUGGUAUCGAUGAUAGCCGACGGGGUUAGUUUAUCAUUCGGUUUAUUAUUUCCGGAAUUUUUGAUUGAAUUUAAAGCGUCCAGUUCGGACACGUCUUGGAUAGGCAGUUUGUUUUUGGCGGUACCUUUAAUUUCCGGUCCGAUUAUGAGCGCUCUGGUCGACAAAUACGGAUGUCGGAUCAUGACGUGCGUGGGAGGUUCAGUGGCGGCGCUGGGAUUCAUUAUGAGUUGCAGGGCCGAUUCUAUUUCUAUUAUGUAUCUGACGUUUGGCAUACUGGCCGGUUUGGGAUUGGGGCUUUGCUACGUGACGGCUGUUGUUUCGAUAGCGUUUUGGUUCGAUAAGAAGAGGACUUUGGCUGUUGGUAUAAGCGCAUCGGGAACCGGAGUGGGAACUUUCAUAUUUUCCCCCUUGACUAAUUUGCUUAUUUUCGAAUUCGGUUGGAGAGGUACCACCUUGAUUCUGGGAGGGUUAUUUUUGAAUAUGUGCGUCUGUGGAGCUUUGAUGAGAGAUCCCGAUUGGAUAACAGAACAAAACAAGGUAAACUCGAAACUAUCCAAAUCUAGUAAAUCGAGUAAAACAAGUUUGAUAUCGUUGUCAUCGACGAAUUUUUUGAAUAACCUCGAUAUAGACGAACUGAAAGACGUAUUAAAGAGUGGAAAAAACGUCGAAUAUCUUUUACAAGGCUUAGAAACUUCCAUAGAAUCGAAUAACGUGGAUAAAUCAGUUCUAAAAAAUAAUCAUAAUUCAGUUUUGAAUCUACCCACGUAUAUACGUCAAAAUGAGAAAGUGCCUAUAGAAGUAUUAGAACAACUCAGUUCGAAUAAAAAGUUAUAUAAUGUUAUAUUGGAAAAUUUUCCAAGUUUAUUAUUAACAAGGAGUACGUCCGAUAAAGGAUUAAAUAAAUUAGCAGAAGACGCUUCACUUAUUGAGAGAGUACCGAUCACGAUGUGUAUGACGUUAAAAAAAGAAGAAAAAACUGCAAAAAAACUGGAUAGUGUGAAAAACGGGAAGGAUGUAGAAGCACAGGAACCGUUAUUGAUCGAAAAAUCAUCGAAAAAAUUUGGCGGGUUGUCCAAAGUACCAACAGUACCGAAAUUGAAAGCGCAAUUAAAUCAAGCGCAAAGACAAAAUUAUUUUAAAAAUUUAAAAUUGCACAGACAAUCGUUAAUACAUCGAGGAGCGAUAUUCAACAAUCACAAAUAUCGAUUUAAAGCUUCCAGCUGCCCGAAUAUAUACAGAGUGUCCACGUUAACUUUGAAAAAGAGUGACGACGAAAAAUGGUACGAUGAACUACUAGACUUGGUGAAGGGAAUAUGCGAUUUUUCGUUGUUCUUAGAACUACAUUUUUUCUUGCUGUCCCUGUCGACCAUAACACUUUUUGUUUGGUUUAUAGUGCCGUAUUUUUAUUUGGUGGAACAUAUGACAAAGCACGGAUAUACUAACGAAGACGCGUCUCUUACUAUAUCCAACAUAGGUAUCACCAAUACCAUCGGAAUGAUCGCUUUGGGAUGGGCAGGAGAUCAACCGUGGAUGAACAUAACGAAAACUUACGCUAUAUGCUUGGUUUUAACCGGCGUAUCUUGCGCCGGUUUGAUGUUUUUCACGCACAAUUUCAUCGUGCUCGAAAUGUGCGCUGCGCUUUUCGGCGUUUUCGUCGCCAGUACCUACUCGUUCACUCCAGGAAUAAUAGUUGAAUUGGUACCGCUAGAUCGGUUCACCACCGCGUACGGCCUCCAACUUCUCUGUAUGGGUAUCGGACUUUUGGUAGGCCCCCCGUACGCGGGGCAUUUGUACGACGUGACCAACAGUUGGGAACAAGCUUUUUACCAAUCGUCCAUUUGGAUCAUAAUAUCCGGUCUGAUGGUAGCUCUAAUUCCGUACACGAAAAAUAGGAAAAUAUUGGGAAAAGGACCGGUGGAAAAAGUUAUCGAGGAUUCUAAAGACGUUAUUUGGAUCACUAUUUUGUUAAUCGGUAUAUUUUUAAUUUUACUCGUACCUCUUAUGUAUUUCACAAUCGUUACUAUUAUAUAAUUUUUUUUAUAAAUAAAUGAAAAUAAUCAAA